GGACGCGACUUGUUUCGACAGGGAGGAGCUUUGGCGAGAGACCCAGGAGGCCAAAACCCAAAGAGAAAAAGUGCCGGAAAAAGAAUCAGGGCCAAGAGGAUUGUGAACAAUGGAAGACAGUAGCACAGACAUAGAUGAAGAGGAAGAAGAAGAGGAGGAGGAGGAAGAAGAUAAACAAGAAGACUCAGCAGCAGCAGCAGCACCACCACUGCCACCACCAGCAGCACCAGCAACAGCAGCACCACCAGCAGCAGCAGCAGCAGCAACAGCAGCACCAGCAGCAGCUGCAGCAACAGAAGAAAAGAAGGACGAGGACCCAAAAGACCUCCCUUCUGCCAUAGUGCCCACGAUUAACGUUCGAGAUGAGCGGCUUGUUAAUUUAGCUGAAACCCCAGCUUUCAUUUGCCUACACAAGCUGUAUUCUAUGGGAAAACUUCCUGGAACCCGAAUGGCAGAGCUGAAAGCCAAGUACACCUUGCUGCAUGACACAGUGGUGAGCACACAAGAGUCAGAAGUACAGCUGCUGCAGAAUGCCAAGCACUUCACGGAACAGAUCCAGCAGCAGCUGAUCCACCUGCAACAAGCAGAUGACUUUCCUGGUGUCUUCACCACAGAGGUCUCCAAAAUGCGGGAGCAGCUGCUCAAGUAUCAAAAUGAAUACACUGCAGCGCAGGAAAGAGAGUUCCACAAUCAGUACAAAUUGAAUAGUUUAAAGGAAGAAAAGAGCCUCAUAUUAAAGGAAUUUGAGAAGAUACCUAAGCCAGGAGAAAUGGAGAAGAAGGUAAGAAUCUUGAAAGAAACCACUGAAGAAUUAUGUACGGAAACAGUGCAGAAAAAAUUGGAAAUUAAAAACUUACGAGAAGAUUUGACAUCGAAGCAAAAGCUAUUAUUAAAGGAGCAGAAAGAACUACAAGAAUUGUUGGAAUUUCAGGUUGGCCUAAAGGAUGAUGUGGUCUACCAUCAAACUAUUCCUGUACAAAUUGCAAAAGAGAUAGAAAAAAUAACACGCAAAAAAAUAGAUAUGGAAAAGAAAAAUAUUGUCUUGGACUAUGAAGUCAAAGAGCUAAAUGAAUCUUUAAAGAAAUUUGAAAACAAAGUUAAUGCUGUGGUAGAGGAGAAGGACGAUGUAAUAAAAGAGGUCGAGAGCAAGCGGGCCUUACUCGAAGUCAGGGAACAAGAGUACAACCAGCUAAAUAAACUAUUGGAAUUAACCAAAGAAAAUGAAGCUUCCUCACUAGCUGAAAGAGGAAUAUUGGAUCUCAAUCUACGAAACUGUCUCAUCGACAAGCAGAACUACCAUGAUGAACUUUCCCGUAAGCAAAGAGAGAAAGAACGAGAUUUUCGAAAUUUGAAGAAGACAGAGCUGCUCUUAAAAGUGUCCUGUGAUGCGCUCACUCAGACUCAAGCCUUGCAUCAAAGUCUUCUACUAGAGAUUGAAGCUAUCCCUAAGGAUGACCUUUUAUUGCCUGAGAGAAGGAAAGAGCUCCAAAAGGAAGUUGAAGUAGCAAAGAGAAAUUUGACCCAACAGAAAAUUCUAUCAGAAGCAGAGGGAAAGCUAGUAGAACAGCAAAUUUCAGAAGAAAACAGGCUUUUAAAGGAGCAAGACAAUAUGCGCAACUUGUUGUUCAACCUCAGCCGGAUGACUCAAAUCAAAAUUGAUGAAAAAGAACAAAUGUCCAAGGAUUUCCUGAAAGCCCAGCAAAAAUAUACUGAUGUUAUUAAGGAAAUGAAAGCAAAAGAUUUGGAAAUCAGACUAUUCAAGAAGAAAAAACGUGAAAUUCAUCGGAGACUCAAAGAGUUUGCUAAAUUGUAUGACACAAUUAGAAAUGAAAGAAAUAAGUUUGUUAACCUACUUCACAAAGCUCAUCAGAAAGUAAAUGAAAUAAAAGAAAGACAUAAAAUGUCAUUAAAUGAACUGGAAAUUUUAAGAAACAGUACAGUUUCUCAAGAAAGAAAACUGCAAAACGCUAUGCUGAAACACUCCAACAACGUAACCAUCAGAGAGAGCAUGCAAAAUGAUGUGCGCAAAAUCACAGCAAAACUCCAAGAAAUGAAGGAGAAGAAGGAAGCGCAGUUAAACAGCAUGGACAGAUUAGCCAGCAUGUUAACCUUGAUCGAAGAAGAGAUGGUGCAGCUCCGCAAAAAGUAUGAGAAAGCUGUCCAGCGGAGAAAUGAGAGUGGUGUUCAACUGAUAGAGCGGGAAGAAGAAGUGUGCAUUUUUUAUGAAAAAAUAAAUAUACAAGAGAAGAUGAAACUAAAUGGGGAAAUCGAAAUACACGUCCUGGAAGAAAAGAUCCGAUUCCUGAAACUGAAGAUUGCUGAGAAGAAAAGACAGAUCUGUGUGACGCAGAAGUUACUGCCAACCAAGACGGCCCUGGACGCUGACCUGGCUGUGCUCCAGAUUCAGUUUUCACAGUGCACAGACAGGAUAAAAGACCUGGAGAAGCAAUUUAUAAAUCCUGACAGUAAGAACAGAGUCCGCUACAUUCCGGGGAGAGAUCUAACUGAAGAAGAAAUUGCCAAGAAGCUAGAUAUGCUGGAACUACAGCUGGCCAAGAAGGAGGAGAAGUUACUAGAAAAGGAGUUCAUCUAUGAACAGGUGUCUCAGCUCACAAACAGGCUCACAGGCAAAACUCAGACUUGCAAGAAGGACACGCUGCUCUUAGCCAAGAAGAUGAAUAGCUACCAAAGAAGGAUCAAAAAUGCUACUGAGAAAAUGAUGGCUCUUGUUGCUGAGUUGUCCAUGAAACAAGCCCUGACCAUUGAACUCCAAAAGGAAGUCAGGGAGAAGAAAGAAUUCAUCUUUUCCUGCAGUUCCAGGAUAGAAAAGGGCCUGCCACUCAACAGAGAGAUCGAGAAAGACUGGCUGAAGGUACUUCGAGAUGAAGAAAUGUAUGCCUUUGCCACUGCUGAGAAGUCUCAGGAGUUCAUAGAAGCAAAUUAUCGCCAGCUGCCCAAUGGUGUUUACACGACUGCGGAGCAGCGUCCAAAUGCCUACAUACCUGAAGCAGACACCAUGCUCCCUCUACCCAAACCAUAUGGCGCUUUGGCUCCGUUUAAGCCCAGUGAACCUGGAGCCAACAGGAGGCAUAUAAGGAAACCCGUUGUAAAGCCCAUUGAAAUCUGAAUAUGUGAACCAAUCCAGGCUUCUCAAAGGGAAGACUUCAGCCAGGCUUCAUAGCACAGUGAAAGAAUGUGAGCAGGAGAGUACUAAUAUUUCAUUUCAGUAAGGCACAGUCAACACAGCACAGUGUGGGUUCCUUUUACAUUCGCCAGCUACUGCAUUUUACAUGAUGCUGGAUGGAGCGCAAAACUCUCCUACAGUUCUAUCAAAGCUUCUAUUUUCAUUGCUCAUGUGUUUCUUUUCCACUCUUUAUAUUGACUACAUUUUGGUAACAUAGUAAACAAGAUGCCAUAGAAGUACAAAAUAAAUAGCUUUCAGUGAAGCAUA